AUUUGCUUUUCGUCCAAGCAAAUUUUUGGUAAGAGAAAGAGGAAAAACUCAGGAACCGCCGACUUAAGAGUUUCUUCAUCUCCAAAAUCGCCGAUUAUAUAUAAAUGACUCUUCUUCUUCGAUUCAGUUUCUUCUUCGUCGUCAUCGCCGGCUUAGGGUUUUCUUCUCGAUAAGCAACUACCUAUCUUCUUCUCUUCCUCCGGUUAGCUUUUGCUUUUACAGAGAUUAUUACCCUUGUUGCCUCAGCGAUCGAUCUGAAAAAAAAAGGAACUUUAUCUUGCCGACGGCUGUUAUAUAAAAGGCGGUGGCAUUUCUUCUCUGAUUGUGUUUAUUUUUAUGACGGAGAAGAUGAACAAACUUGUAAUCUAUCAGCCUCUAACUGUUACUGUUGGUGUUUUCUAAUGCUGUCGGCAAGACACUAUCUUUAGGAGUGCUAGGGAGUUUAGAGGUUACUCAGUUGACUUUUUCUUUCAAGGUUAUAGGUUUAGUAUUGUUAAUAUAUAGAAAUGGAAGCCAAGAUCGUCAAGGUGUUGGAUAGUAGGUGUGAAGAUGGAUUCGGGAAGAAGAGGAAGCGCGCAGCAAGCUAUGCUGCAUAUGUUACUGGAGUUUCGUGUGCAAAGCUGCAAAAUGUGCCCCCACCGAACGGGCUGUGCCAAAUUCCUGACAAAAGAAGAAGGCUGGAAGGUGAAAAUAAGCUUAGCGCUUAUGAGAAUCGCUCUGGGAAGGCACUGGUCAGAUACUACACUUAUUUUAAGAAGACGGGAAUCGCUAAACGUGUUAUGAUCUACGAAAAUGGUGAAUGGAAUGAUUUGCCUGAGCAUAUUAUAUGCGCCAUCCGGAAUGAAUUAGAUGAAAAGAGAGCUGCAAUUGAGUUCGAGUUGUGCGGUCACAAUUUUAUCUUGGACUUCUUGCACAUGCAUAGACUAGACUUGGGAACAGGGGCAAAAACCCCUCUUGCAUGGAUUGACAUUGGAGGCAAGUGCUUUUUCCCUGAAAUUUACGAGAGUGAUGAAAGGACCAAUGGUUGCCAUCAUAACUGUGUGGAAGAUCCAAAACAGAAUGCUCCACAUGAUAUCAAACUGCGCCUUGAGAUUGACGUUAAUGGUGGCGAGUCACCGAGGUUAAAUUUGGAGGAGUGCAGUGAUGAGUCUGGUGAUAAUAUGGACGAUGUUCCCCUUGCUCAACGAUCUUCAAAUGAGCACUAUGACGACGAGGCAACAGAGGAUAGCUGCAGCCGCAAGCUUGAAGCUGCUGUUUCGAAAUGGGAUGAGACUGAUGCUAUAGUCUCUGGUGGCAAGCUUACUGGAACCGAAGUACUUGAUAAAGAUGCAGUUAAAAAAAUGUUUGCUGUAGGCACAGCUUCUCUAGGACAUGUAGCAGUGCUGGAUGUGGGCCGUUUUUCCAGUGAGAUUGCUGAAGCUCGUCUAGCACUUUUCCAGAAGCAGGUUGAGAUAACUAAGAAACAUCGAGGGGAUGCAAACGUUAGGUAUGCUUGGCUUCCUGCAAAGAGGGAAGUUUUAUCAGCAGUUAUGAUGCAAGGACUUGGAGUUGGUGGAGCAUUUAUAAGAAAGUCCAUCUAUGGUGUUGGGAUCCAUUUAACUGCUGCAGACUGCCCUUACUUCAGUGCUAGAUAUUGUGAUGUUGACGAAAACGGAGUUCGUUACAUGGUUUUAUGCCGUGUAAUAAUGGGGAAUAUGGAGCUUCUUCGUGGUGAUAAAGCUCAGUUCUUUUCUGGUGGAGAAGAAUAUGACAAUGGAGUCGAUGAUAUCGAGAAUCCAAAGAAUUACAUUGUCUGGAACAUCAAUAUGAACACCCAUAUAUUCCCGGAAUUUGUUGUUAGGUUCAAGCUGUCUAAUCUCCCCAAUGCUGAAGGUAAUUUGAUUGCUAAGCGUGAUAACUCAGGGGUCACUUUGGAAGGACCUAAGAAUCCUCCUCCUCAGGUGGAGUCAAACCAUGGAGCAGGAGGUUCAGGAAGUGCAAACAGUGUUGGUUCAAGCACUACAAGACCCAAAUCUCCAUGGAUGCCUUUUCCUACUCUGUUUGCAGCAAUCUCACAUAAGGUUGCAGAGAAGGACAUGUCGUUGAUCAAUGCUGACUACCAACAACUGAGGGAUAAGAAGAUGACGAGAGCAGAGUUUGUGAGGAAACUGCGGGUGAUUGUAGGAGAUGAUCUGCUAAGGUCCACCAUAACAACGCUUCAAAACCAGCCAAAGUCGAAGGAGAUUCCAGGAAGCAUCAGAGACCAUGAAGAAGGUGCAGGUGGGUUGUUGUAAGUAAAGAAGGAUGAUGAUGACGAAUAUCAAAAGGAAGCUGCUUUCUAUCUAUCUACCCGCCUUUUGUGGUUCUCCUUUUGACUUUUUAUAAUUUUAGACUUUUGGUUUUGGGUCGGGUCGUUGGUAGAGUUUAAAUGUGUCGACUUUUCUUUCUGUCUUGAAAAAUCGUACUAUAUUAUACUAUGAUUCUACUUAUUAGUCAAUGAUGUCGCUGGGUCUUUGUUUUUUUAGCUGCAAAACAUUGUUGUAGAAGUCGUUGAAUCUUGACGAAAAUUUGGUCGUUGAGUCUAUCGCGUGAAACUUCUCUUCACUA